UGUCUUGUCGCAGAAGUUGUAUUGUCAUACUGCCCUCCGACCAACAUGCUAUGUUUAUGCAAUGACGGUCACUACAACCAGAGGGUUACAGAGUGUGUUCUUUCGAAUUGUACAAUCAGAGAAGGGUUAACGACACAAAAGACGCUGUUUACAUCUUGCGGAACCCCACAGCGGAGCAGACGUGCCAUCCUUAAAGCGACGUCGCUUGCCGGGCUGCUAGUAUCUUUUACCAGUCUGGCACUACGACUCGCCGCUCGCUCGCCAUUCUGCAAUGGUCAACUUGGUAUGGACGAUUUGACGAUAGUUUUGGCAUGGUUGCACCUGUCGGAUCAUAGCCUCUCAGGUCACUCUUUGGUUCUGAUAUGGGUUCGUCAUUUAGCUGGCCAUGACGGAUUUGGAAACGAGAUCUGGACGAUUCGAUUCAACGGCAUAACAACGAUUCUUAAAAAAUUUUGGGCGGUUGAGAAACUCUACAUCUUUACAAUUUGGCUGACAAAAAUGUCUCUGCUCAUCUUCUAUCUCCGCAUCUUCCCCGACCGCAAGUUUAGAAGACGGACGUACAGUGUCCUUGCUCUCUGUUGCGUCACCGUCGUCGCUCUCGUGCUCGCAUGCGUCUUUGAAUGCCAACCAAUCAGCUACGCCUGGGACAGAUGGGACGGCGAGCAUGAGGGUACAUGUACUCACAUCAAUGCCCAAGGGUGGGCUAAUGCGGGGAUAAAUAUCAUCUUCGACAUCAUUAUCAUUGCUUUACCACUACCUCAAAUAUACAGACUACAGAUAUCUAGGGAACGAAAGAUAGGCAUCAUGAUUAUGUUUACUCUUGGUGUCUUUGUAACCAUUGCGAGCAUUAUAAGACUUCGAUCAUUGAUUACCUUUGCUGCAAGCAUCAAUCCUACAUAUGACUACGUAGAUGUUACUCUCUGGAGCUUGUUCGAAAUAGUUGUUGGGAUAGUCAUGGCAUGUUUGCCAGGAAACCGUGCGCUCAUUAGAUUUCUAUGGGCUGAACGAGUGAAACAUUUUUCCCAGAGCAACGAGACCAGUGGAGUAAGCAAAGCGUCUGUUUAG